AUCUUAUCUCCAUCUCUCAGCUAUAAAAAGGGGCUGCUCAUGUCAUGCAUUGCUGUGUCUCCAUAACAUUCAAUUCAUAAUUUAAGCUCGUAUCCAGCAAAUUCAAAUUCACAGAGAAUUGAAUUGCAGUAGAGAGAGAGAGAGAGAGAGAGAGAGAGAGAGAGAGAGAGAGAGAGAGUACCGAUGCCUACCAUCAAUUUGGCCUCCGACUCCGGCGAGCAGAGCUACGACAGAGCGAGCGAGCUGCAAGCGUUCGACGACUCGAAAGCCGGCGUCAAAGGCCUCGUCGACGCCGGGAUCACCGAAGUCCCCAGAAUCUUCAUCCGACCGGACGAGACAUCCGAAGACAGCUCCGGAUCGAGCGGCGGUACCGAGAAUCUCAGCGUCCCGGUCAUCGACCUCGGCGGGAUCGACCGCGACCCGGCCAAGAGGAAGGAGGCGAUCGAGAGGAUGCGGCGCGCGUCGGAGACGCUGGGGUUCUUCCAGGUGGUGAACCACGGGGUCCCGGCGGCCGCGAUGGAGGAGAUGAAGGAGGGGGUGAGGCGGUUCUACGAGCAAGACGACGAGGCGAAGAAGGCGUUCUACACGCGGGACGUGACGAGGAAGGUGGUGUACAACAGCAAUUUCGACCUGUACACGGCGGCGGUGGCUAACUGGAGGGACACCUUCUUCUGCUACAUGGCGCCGAGCCCGCCGUCGCCGGAGGAGCUGCCGGAGGUUUGCAGGGACAUACUGAUGGACUACUCCAAACAAGUGAUGAGCUUAGGUGGGUUGCUGUUUGAGCUCUUGUCUGAGUCUCUUGGGUUGAGAUUGGAUCGCCUCCCGGAGAUGGACUGCGCGGAGGGCCUCGUGGUCAUUUGCCACUACUACCCGGCAUGCCCAAGGCCUGAGCUGACGAUGGGGACGAGCAAGCACUCCGACAAUGACUUCCUCACGGUGCUCCUGCAGGACCAUAUCGGAGGCCUCCAAGUCCUCCAUGACAACCGCUGGGUUGAUGUUCCUCCAGUCCCUGGAGCUCUGGUGGUCAAUGUCGGUGACCUCCUACAGCUCAUAACGAACGACAAAUUCAAAAGCGUGGAGCACAGAGUGUUAGCAAACCCGGUGGGGCCGAGGAUCUCAGUGGCCUGCUUUUUCAGCACAAGCUUCCAACCGUCGUCGAAGCUUUUCGGGCCGAUUAGGGAACUGUUGUCUGAGGACAAUCCUCCGAUCUACAGAGAGACCACAGUGAGGGACUACCUUGCCUACUUCAAGGAACAUGGCCUUGAUGGAACUUCCCCUCUGAGACACUUCAAGCUACCUUGAUUCGAUAAUAAUUUG